AUGUAUUGGGUGGAUGGACGUGUUCUCGUCUUGCAAGGGAUUAUGAAGACGAUCUAUGUAAACAAGAUAGUCCAAGCUGGUUGCACAGUUAAAAUAUUGAUGGCAGAUUGGUUUCUGCAGCGACAUUUCAAGAUUGGCACUGACCUGAAUAAAAUACGGAACAUUGGCAACUACAAUAUUGAGAUGUGGAAAGCAACUGGUAUGAACCUUGACAAAGUAGAGGUUGUAUGGUUGUCAGAUGAAUUGAAUUGCCACGCGGUUAAUUACUGGCCACUUGCGGUUGAUGUCUCCAGAAAAUACAGCAUGGAAAAAAUGGCAAGUUAUUGUCGGAACAGGACAUAUGGGCCACAAGGACUACCUGCUGCUGAGAUUUUCUACCCUUGCAUGCAGGUUGCUGCUAUAUUAUGCCAGAAGGCUGACAUAUGGCUCUUCAGCAUGGAUCAGCGAGACAUUGUCAUGCUAGCUAAGGAUUACUCCGAAGAAAUAAAUAGGGAAACCAAACCAGCUAUCAUACUGCAUAAUACGUUACCUCUUUUACCAGAAGACCCUGACUUGAACUCGCUGAGAUAUCCAGCGCGGACUCUGUUCAUGGACGAUGCACAGGAGGCUUCAAAUAGGAAAAUAGAGUUGGCUUUCUGCCCACCAAAAGUAACAGUGUCUAACCCAUUUCUGGAGUACAUCAGAUAUGUUAUAUUCCCUUGGUUUGGAAAAUUGGAGGUAGCUGACAAGAAAGGGAAUGGCAGUAGCAAGACAUAUGCAAGCAUGGAAGAUUUUGUUGUUGACUAUGGAAGUGGCAAUCUUGAUUCUGCUGAUGUUAAGCUGGCUUUUGAAAAAGGAAUAAACAGCAUAUUAAAGCCUGUUCAGGAUCACUUCAUUAGCAACAUUGAAGCCCAAAAUCUAUAUUUCUCCUGUAAGUUGCAGGAUCAAAUUACUGCAGAUACACGGAAGAUUAUACUACAGAAUGAGGAUAUUGUCUGGGGUGUAAGUUUUCUCAUUCCGAACUGA